GUACCAGUGGGUUUAGCCACCAGCUGCCUAGUAUGCUGCAAGUGCUAGUUGCAUACAUACAAAGCAGACUUACAUGGAGAGACUACACAGACUGAAUGACAUGUAUGCUUUUAGCUCCGAGAUGAUUUUCUGGGCUACACUUAGUAACUACAAACACAGCAGCCCAAAGCCCGUCAUGCCUGCCGCCACAGAGAAGAACUCCAGGUGCUGGGAAAAAAGACCAGAAAUAUACCAUCCAGGUGCCAGUGGUGAAUUCACAUGCCAGAGAGUAAGAAGACAUCUUAUUUUAAAUAUGAAGAUGAUUUUGAUCUACAUGAUCAUCGCAGCUCCAGCAAUGACCGCUGUGGCACAAGGGUCUUCAGAAUGCAAUCUAACUGAACCUGGGCCCCAGACGUGUUUUGGAGUUUUAGGAGAACCGCUCGUUUUUUACAUACCUACUAAACCACAUGUAAAGACAAGCUUGAAAAAGAGUACAGAUAAGAUUUUAAUGUUAAUAAAUGAUAAAUUAGUUAGUCUCAAUGAAAAAUACAAGAAUCGUACUAUAUUCUCCACAAAUGGAACAUUGAAGCUCAACAAAGCAACAAAAAAUGACUCUGGAGAGUACAGGAUGGAAACAUACAAUUCUACUGAAGGUGUGUUAUUGCACACAGUUAACAUCCAUCUACAUAUACUAGCUCCUGUGUCAGAACCAGCUGUUACGCAGAUGUGUUUGUCACCAAACCAGAUGACAGUCAGCUGUUUCUCUGAAGGAGAUGAAGUAGAGUUCAUUUUGUCUUUGGAUGAUAAGUUGUUGAUACAGUCUACAGCCAACGGUAUAGAAAAAAACAACAUUUCAAAUGUUACCAUCAACUUACCUGGUCAGCUGAUGGGAAACCUGACAUGUGUUGCUCAAAACAAUGCCAGCAGAAAACAAACUAUCACCCACCUUACAAGCUGUACAGCUCCUGUGUCAGAACCAGCUGUUUUGCAGAUGUGUUUGUCACCAAAACAGAUGACAGUCGGCUGCUCCUCUGAAGGAGAUGAAGUAGAGUUCACCUUGUUUUUGGAUGAUAACUUGUUGAUAAAAACCCAACCCAGCAUUGCAGAAAACCACAACAUUUCAAAUGUUACCAUCAGUUUACAUGGUCAGCUGAUGGGAAAUUUUAUGUGUAUCGUCCAAAACAACAUCAGCAGAGGACAAACCAUCAUCCACCUUAUAAGCUGCACAGGUAAUAUUUCUGACCACUGCAUUGUGACCAUGGCUAUGGUAGUAAGCAUUGCCAUUCUACUCAUUCUGGCUGUGUUUCUUGGUAUCCGAAAAUUCAAAAACACAACUGGCAUUAUGACUGUUAAUGAAGAUGAAGCUGAAGAGGACGUUGUCUACUCAGAUAUUAGACUGAAGCAGCGUGCAAGAGAAACAAGAGAAACACCACCUAUUUCAAAUCAAGAUGAAAGUUAACGUUCUCCUAAACAGUCUGACAUUCUGAAACCUAAAACCUAACAUGUUGACUUUCGGUCAACUGGCUAAUAAAACUAUGCCACUUUAGCAGUUCCAUCUUUGCAGUGAAUGUGAAGGUAAACAUAUUUAACAAGUACUCACUGGAUUACUUUAAUUUUGAAGAAAACAUAAAGGGGAAAAGGUUAUUUCGAAGGCAUUUAAUAUACAUGAAAUACUUAUUUAUACUUAUUUAUAAAUGCUUUAUAUUUGAACUACAUUUUAUUUGACAUAAUUUAAAUAAACUACAUCAGCCUUGUAAAAGUUCUAACCAACAUUUUACAUUUAACCUUGGAGAUUGAAUAAAAGGCUUUGGUCAGUGAUGGUGCUUUCCUUGUGUUGUGUUAAGCAGACGUGGGCUGUGCCUCAUGUUUGAGAUAAAAACAUCAGGGCUACUUUUUUCUGUGUUGUCAUGACAUUAAAACCACAAACUGUAUCCUGUUUUCACUGAGCUGCUAAACCUCUAAACCAUGUGACAUUACCUAAGCUGCAGAGACGUCAUCGAGAAAGAAAAAACCUGUAUAAUGCAUAACACUGGCUUGUUUGUUGACGAUUAUUGAUCAUAGUAGAGAUUUAAGAGCUCUAAGAUCUUGAAAACAAGGUUUUAAUUUUUUUGAAGAUGUUUUACCUCUCAUCAGGUGGAAAGUCCCUGUUAUCUAACCCCUAGUAGGGGCUGUCCCUUAGGAGGUGAUCAUUGGCCCACUAUUAAUCAUCUGCGACAUGACAUUCGCCAUGGUGUGUAAAAAGGCAUGGGCCAUUACCACCAAAGGUUUUGGAUGAAACCACUGUAAGACCUUUACCCUAUCAUGUGACCUAUUGAGGGAUCUCAGGACUGCGUUGUGGGUAGCUGACAGUUGGUGUCGUAAGCUGCUCACUCUGUUCAAAGGUGGUCGUUGACAAUGGAGAUAGAUGGUCUCUUUUGCUCCUCUUUCAAACCAACCAUCUGUCUUUUCAGUCCAAAAUGUGAACAUUGGCAUCCCUGAAAGAGUGACUUUGUCCUUUAGGUGCAGAUGUACAGCUGAGUCUUGUCCUGUCGAGGUGGCUCUUCUAUGUUUUGUCAUGUAUUUGUUGAGUGGCUAUGCUGUUUCUGUGCAGUGUAGAGCUCACUGCACUGCACAGCAUAUGCUUUGUUGUUUGGCUUGUGUUUUGGAUGACUGAGAACCAACAGAGACAUCAAGCAGCAAUACAAAAACAUGAAGGGCACAAACUCCCCUGCAGGCAAUUCUUCUAAGUAGUAUUUUAAUAUAGUUUCAUUAUCUUGUGUAAGGUGACAUAAAUCCAUCAAUAAUUUAUCUUAUAUGCUUGUUAUAUGUAUGAAAAAGUCAGUACAUGGAGUUUGUGAGACACGUAUAACUGUGUGUGUUUGGUCGGCAGCCUGGUGAUGCAAUUAAAAUUUCAUUGUGUUUUCAAAUGAAAAUAAAGGCUUUGAAUCUUGUUGACCAACAUUUAGAUUUUCAGUAAUAUUUGUCCAGUUUUGUGAUCCUAUGGCAUUUUUGAAGUAUAAAAAAGUCUGUGCUCUCCUCAUGUUUUACAUAAAUCUGUCUCAAAGUGUUACAUUUAUUCUCUGUAUGUAUUUCAAUCAUACAAACCAUUAUGUUUAAGUCAAGCAUAAUGUAGAAAGGAACAACGCUGUAAUAACCUCGCAUUAAACAAGAAUUGGUGUUUUCCUUUACAGGUAUUAGUUGGUGAUUAGUGAUAAUUCUGUGAUGAUCUAGUAAAAGCUGUAGCCUUUAAUAGUAAAUGUAAAAAUGCAUAGUAUCAGCACUCAUCACAUGGUGGAGCCAAAGUUUUUACAGUUAACUAAAAGCAAUAAAAUGCAGAGCAUGUGAUCUGCAAGAUCUUGUGAAAUUCA